CAUCAGGAAGAAGCAUCAAGCUCCGAUUGUCUCACACUUUCGCUACUCCAAGUCCACUAGGCAGCACCGCACCAGGAAGGACAAGAGAUGGCCGGCGCAGCCAAGGCGUCUUGGAUGGUGGUGAUGAGCGUCGGCGCCGUGGAGGCGCUCAAGGACCAGGCCGGACUCUGCCGCUGGAACUACACGCUCAGGUCCAUCCACCGGGCCGCCAAGGCCAAGGCCAGCGUCCGCGCCGCCGUCUCGCAGGGCGAGAAGAAGCUUCCUGCCUCCGCAGCGGCGGUGGCGGAGAAACGGCGAGCGGAGAAGGCCGAGGAGGGGUUGAGGACCGUCAUGUACCUCAGCUGCUGGGGUCCCAAUUAG